CUCUAGGGCGACAUGACCCAGCCUUCAUUCGGUUUCCAUAGCGUCCGCACCCCGGGGACCCGCCGCUUUAAUCUUUGCUGACGACACAGUAAAGUUGGCUGAAUCGCAUGUAUCUGCUAAAAUCGGCAGCGUGAAACGCGAUUGCUGACAAGUCGCCGGGAAAUAUCGAUUUGCCGUGAGGAACUGGACCAGCUGCACCCAAAAGAAGGGCUUCGAGGACUACAAGUUGUGAAAAUACAUGAGAAAGAGCAAAAAAGUGGGCGAGAACUUGUAUGCAAAAGGAGAACAAACACUUGGGAAACCAGGCUUGGAAAGAAGGAUGGCGGCAAACGGUGCUGUUAGAAAUGCACGUUAUUGCUCCCAACACUAUUAAAACAAAGAUAGGGCUGAAAUAAUUAGCGCAUCUGUCGAUAUCGCUGGAAUCUGAGCCGUUGACUGCUCCAGAAAAGCAUCAUUAAACCGGAGCAAUCAGAGCACUUGUCAAUACCACAUGUUUUGCAUGUCCUUGCUGCUGUAGGGGUUCUCGCGUUGGAGUAAGAGUCAGGUCUGUCAAUACUGCAAGCUUUGCACAACCUGUGGUGCUGAAAACCUGACCAAGCUGGUGUGUUUGGUGUCUUGUACUAUCCAAGGUGCUGCAUAACCGUUCCUAAAGAACUGAAUUGUAGGUCGUGUGGGGAAAUACUGGGAACGCAGGAGUGACUCAUUCAAUGCAAUGUGAAUUGCAGUGCCCAGGGUGCAGAAGCGCUGCGUGGAAUAAUUUACACAAGCUUCCGAAAUUCCGCGGAAAGCACAUUGGAGUACAAGGUCCGUAGUCUGUGGAUUGCUGUCCAAGGUGCCGAAACGCUUGACGACACUGUAGUCAUCUGAAGAUUUCUUGUGUAUGACACUGCUCAGAGUCCAGACUUCUGAAAGGGAAACAAAACUGUUGGAAAUUCCGUUUUCACACCUGCACUUUUUCGCCGGAGGUGUUAUGUUGACCUUCUAAGCAGUCGUCGUGUCCCCCACGAGACUGGAAAUAAAGCAAGGAUUCCGUUAAAGUCGGUUUUAAGUCUUGCUUACAUUUUUAUGCAACAAAACAUAUUAGUGAUUAUUAUUUCCCCCCUUUCGUCGUCCCCCAGCGCGAUGGCACUAUCUGCCUCUGCGAAGAGUCAAUCGAGAGAACAGCCAAAGACUUUUUAAUUCGACUCUGUGAGCGGCGUGUCAGGAGAUCCCAAUCGUCGCAUGCACGCGUGCUGCUAGAGCUCGUCUUUUGGAUCUAGAAAAAUAGGCGAUUCGGGUCAUUUUAAAGUGCAGUAAAAGUUGUAUGGUUCUCGCUAUGUGCAAUUCCACUUUAACAUAAUAUGAUCCUCUAAUUAACGUAAAAAAGAAGCAGCAGCAGAAUCUACUGGUAUGGAGUCCGUGAAGGAACGAAUUUUCGUCCAUGGCAAGGAGGGUCUGAAGAAUUUUGCAGGAAAAUCACUGGGGCAGCUUUACAGGGUUUUGGAAAAGAGACAAAAAACUGGGGACGUCAUCGAACUGACGGAGGAUGGGAGGCCCGUGGAUACCCCUCAGAAGAAGGCGCCCCUCUGCGACUGCACCUGCUUCGGUUUGCCCCGCCGUUACAUCAUCGCCCUCAUGAGCGGGAUCGGCUUCUGCAUCUCGUUCGGAAUCCGAUGCAACUUGGGAGUGGCCAUAGUAGACAUGGUCAACAACAGCACCAUCCACCGAGCUGGGAAGAUCAUCAUAAAAGAGAAAGCAAAAUUUAAUUGGGACCCGGAGACUGUAGGAAUGAUUCAUGGUUCAUUUUUCUGGGGUUAUAUUAUUACUCAGAUCCCAGGAGGAUAUAUAUCUUCGCGACUGGCAGCAAACAGGGUUUUUGGUGCGGCCAUCUUGCUCACAUCUACCCUGAACAUGCUGAUUCCUUCUGCAGCACGUGUGCACUAUGGCUGUGUGAUAUUUGUCAGAAUUCUUCAAGGAUUAGUCGAGGGUGUUACUUACCCAGCCUGUCACGGCAUCUGGAGCAAAUGGGCCCCUCCACUAGAAAGAAGCAGACUGGCCACAACUUCCUUCUGUGGUUCUUAUGCUGGUGCUGUCAUAGCCAUGCCUUUGGCUGGGAUCUUGGUGCAAUAUUCUGGGUGGUCUUCUGUUUUCUAUGUUUAUGGGUGCUUGGGAAUUUUCUGGUAUAUGUUCUGGAUUCUGGUGUCCUAUGAGAGUCCAGCUGUGCACCCUACAAUUUCAGAAGAGGAAAGGCGCUAUAUAGAAGAGAGUAUCGGAGAGAGUGCCAGCCUUGUCAGUGCUUCAGAGAAAUUCAAAACACCAUGGAGAAAAUUCUUUACCUCAAUGCCGGUCUAUGCAAUCAUUGUUGCCAACUUCUGUCGAAGCUGGACUUUCUACUUGCUGCUAAUCAGCCAGCCAGCCUACUUUGAAGAGGUUUUUGGGUUUGAAAUCAGCAAAGUAGGGAUGCUGUCUGCUGUGCCACAUCUAGUUAUGACCAUAAUUGUACCCAUUGGGGGACAGAUUGCAGACUUCCUCCGGAGCAAAAAUAUUCUUUCAACAACUGCUGUCAGGAAAAUCAUGAAUUGUGGAGGAUUUGGCAUGGAAGCAACUCUGCUGCUGGUGGUUGGCUACUCUCAUAGUAAAGGAGUAGCCAUUUCAUUCCUUGUUCUUGCUGUAGGUUUCAGCGGAUUUGCCAUAUCAGGUUUUAAUGUCAACCACCUGGACAUCGCACCUCGGUAUGCCAGCAUCCUAAUGGGCAUUUCCAAUGGUGUUGGGACUUUGUCUGGGAUGGUAUGUCCAUUGAUUGUGGGAGCGAUGACAAAGCACAAGACUCGUGAAGAAUGGCAGUAUGUCUUCCUAAUCGCCGCACUGGUCCACUACGGGGGAGUGAUAUUCUAUGGUAUAUUUGCCUCCGGAGAAAAACAAGCCUGGGCGGACCCUGAGCUGACAAGCGAUGAGAAGUGUGGAUUCAUUCAUGAGGAUGAGUUGGACCAAGAGACUGGAGACAUUACUCAGGGCUACAGUGCCUUUGGGCCGGCCAAGACCUACGGUGCCACAACGCAGCUGGAUAGCAGCUGGCCUAACGGGUGGGAGAAAAGGGAGGAGUACGUGCAGGAGGAAGGACAAGAUAUGUACCACUAUAAGCAAACGGAGGACUAUUCAUAACAUAAAGUUACAUUCUAGAUAUAUUUUGUAGUGUUUGUGUUGAAAUUCCAUUGUGGUUGUUUGCACAAAAAUAUAUUAAGUUUUAAAACAAGCAAAAAGUGGUGUAAAAAGUUGUAAAACAUAUCAAAUAUGGCGGGUUGUAAUGUAUAAAUGAAUAUUUAUUUCAAAUAGUGCAAUCUGUAUAAAGUAGUGCAUUAUCACCUCCAUUCUGGCCUACCCAUGAUACAAAAUUUAAGAACAGUGUAUGUUGUAAUGACCAAAACUAUAUAUGGCAAAAACGAUACUCGCUCUCACAAUAUUUGCCAGUGUCGUAGCAACA